AGAACUUGGACAGAUUUUUUCAGGUAUAUGCAACCAUGUGGCCAGUGAUCUGGACUGCCAUGCGCACUUAUGCGCCCUAUGUGACCUUCCCAGUGGCCUUUGUGGUGGGAGCUGUUGGAUACCACCUUGAGUGGUUUAUCCGGGGAACUCCUAAUGCCCCAGGAGAAGAGAGGGGCAUUGCGGAGCAACGGGAGGAUAGGAAAUUAGAGGAACUGACCGGUCAGGACAGCACACAGGUCGUCAGCCUGAAGGACAAACUGGAAUUCACACCAAGGGCAGUGCUGGAAAGAAACCGAUCAGAGAAGAGCUAAGUUUGAUUAAAUGUCACGAAGUCCUGCAAGAUUACCUUAUAAUGAAGUGCAACAUCUCAAGCUUUGGGCUCAUUUGUCACACUCAACGGCCCCAGGGACAGACACUUUAUCAGAUUUUUUUUUGUGGGGGAUUUCAUGUCGAUUCCUAUGCCACUUCAUUAAGCCAUCCUAAUUAUAUGGAGUCUUGCUGUAAUAUUUACCAGGCCAGCUUGUGGAACUUGCCUGCUGAGAGAAUUUUUUUUACAACUUUCGUUCUUUGAGAUUUCUUACUAUUCAUCUUCUGCCCUGAGGCAUGCAGACACAUGAUUAUAUUGCACAAGUCCUAACUUGGAAAGCUUUAAUAAGUUUGCCAUUCGUGCGCCCUGUCAUAUGCUUAUGAGACUGAAGCUCAAAGAAAGACCACCUUUGUUAAGUUUUGUGUCUGCAUGAAUAAAAGUGCAUCUGUGCAAGGCAACACUUGAGUGGGACUAGAAAAUGUUUAAGGCGUUUGAACUUUGAGUGGCUGAAGUGAUUCAGAACACUGAGAAAUUCAUACAAGCUCUGUCAUUGUUGUCCUUUGCUAAUUAGUGAUAAUGAACAAGU